AUGAGCUCGACGGUGGACCAAGCGAAGGCCAAGGCCGACCAGGCUACGGUCGUCGCGAAAGAAGCUGCUGCUAAGACACAAGAGCUCGCACAAACCGCGAAGGAGGACCCAAAGGCAGCAGCACAGGGUUUCAUCCAUACCCCCUUCAUGCGCGCCGCCCUCCCCUUCAUCAACGGCGGCACCGCAGGCAUGGUAGCCACCAGCUGCAUCCAGCCCAUCGACAUGAUCAAGGUGCGUCUCCAACUUGCCGGCGAGGGCACAGCAGGCGGGCCCAAACCCACACCCAUAAGCGUAACCCGCGAAGUCAUUGCCCAAGGCAAAGUGCUCGACCUAUACACCGGACUGUCCGCUGGCCUCCUCCGUCAAGCCGUCUACACCACAGCUCGCCUCGGCUUCUUCGACACCUUCAUGAAGACGCUCGGUGCCCGCGCUGAGAAGAACGGACGUAAAAUCACCUUCUACGAACGCGCAGGCUCGGGUCUCACGGCGGGUGGAUUGGCAGCCAUGGUCGGCAACCCCGCCGAUCUCGCCCUCAUCCGCAUGCAGUCCGACGGCCUCAAGCCCAAAGGAGAACGAGCAAACUACAAAAGCGUCGUCGACGCCCUCUCCCGCAUCGCCAAAAGCGAAGGCAUCGGCGCCUGGUGGGCUGGCGCGUACCCUACGGUCGUCCGCGCAAUGGCACUGAACUUCGGCCAACUCGCCUUCUUCUCCGAAGCUAAAUCGCAACUCACAGACACCUCCUUAAGCCCACGGAUGCAGACUCUAAGCGCCUCAGCCAUCGCAGGUUUCUUCGCGAGUUUCUUCUCCCUGCCCUUUGACUUUGUCAAGACGAGGCUGCAGAAGCAAAGCAGAGGCGCGGACGGGAAGCUGCCGUAUAACGGGAUGGUGGAUUGUUUCCAGAAGGUGAUUAGGAAUGAAGGGCCGUUGCGGUUUUAUCGCGGGUUCUCGACGUAUUACGUGCGGAUUGCGCCGCAUGCUAUGAUUACGUUGAUUGUGGCCGAUUAUUUGGGGUUUAUCACGAAGUGA